UUUACACUUCGAUUUGCACUUUGUGUAAUUGUGUUUGGGCUGGCCUUGGAAAACACAGAGAGAGUUGAGAAGCGAUGAGCUCCACCGCAAUUCGAGCUCCUUCCUUUACGCUCUUCAGCUCUCUAUCCAAACCCCCAAACCUCAGAAACUUGAAAAGUCCAUCGCUUGGACCUGCGAGAUGCGUCUUAGUGACUAUGAGCAGCAGAGGCAAGAACCGGAAGCCGUUGCAGAAGGGGAGGAACCCCAGCAUCGAAGCAAUUCAAACGGUGCAGGCCUUGAAGCGAGCCCAGAAAGAUCAGCAUACGCUGGACCGAGUGUUUCAUUCCAAUUUCAAGCGCCUACUCAAGCUCGAUAUGAUGGCCGUUCUUCGCGAACUUCUCCGCCAGAACCAAUGCCUCUUGGCCCUCAAGGUUUUCGAAGAUAUUCGGAGGGAAUUCUGGUACAAGCCUCAAGUCUCAGUUUAUGCUGAUAUGGUUACCGUAUUGGCUAGCAAUGGAUUGGUUGAACAUGUUGAACUACUCAUUCAAUCAUAUUUGAAAAUAGAAGCUGGCGACUUAGGGCCCGAGAUCGAGGGCUUUAAUACUCUCUUCAAAGCCUUGUUAAGUAGUAAUAACACCAAGCUUGCAAUGGAGUGCUACUGCCUGAUGAAACAAGUUGGAUGUGAACCAGAUAAGUCAUCCUUUAAGAUACUCAUAACUGGCUUAGAGUCAAAGGGAGAAACAGGUCCUUCGGUUAUAAUAAGGCAAGACGCUCAAAUGUACUUCGGCGAAUCUCUGGAGUUUCUGGACGAUGAGGAAGAGAUGAUGACACAACAAGUACUGAGUGAAUCACUUCCAAAGACAACCUAAGUCGUAAAGCGAGGAUUGCUUGUCUAAGCCAGGAUAAGUAUAAACACGGUUACUUUCUAAUAAUU